AUGCUACGAAGGAUUUUAUUGCAUGAAUCAACUCAUCAAGAAUGGCUGACAGUUUUAUUAUUGUAUUUUUGCAAAAUUCUGUUACUGCCUUCUUCGGGUCCUUUAAUUGUUUUAGGCGUUUUUAUUAAAUUCAACAGGAUAAUUAUCAUCUGGAAUGGUCUUAUUAUCUUUGACGAUAAUGGAUAUUCAUUGAAUUUGACCAAGUAACAUAGUAGAAUAUGCGAGGUAUUAACUUCACGGUGGGAUAAUUAUUCCCGAGUAACCAUUAAUCAUUAUAUUACCAACUAAUCCCUUGCUUCGUUCAUAAAUUAAACGCAUGGAAUAAGAAAGCUACUGUUUAAAUAAUAUUCGACAGUUUCUCUUUCCUUGGCAAUUAAGCCCAAAUGAAACCUCUUUAAGAAAUAGCAUAGAUGACAGGUCUGCUUGUACAAUAAUAUUCAAAAGUGAAUUUAUGAAAUCAACGUUUCUUCCCUUUUGUCCAGCAUAGAGUCUUUAAUAAAUUUUCACAACAUUCUGAAGAAACAGCCGUUUAAAAACCGACACGAAACUUUUUUCAGAAAAUGAAAUAUACCCCACACCGGAAUAUAGGCAGGAGCCGUGGCUUCAAGAUGGUAAGUAGAUUUUUUUGUUAUAAAUAAUUUAUACCAAGUCUGAGGAAAAGUGCAAAGAUCACAACGUAGGGAAAUAGCAGUUUCCAGGAAUAUUAAGGUAGAAGCUAUCAGAUGCCUGGAUAGCUCAGUCGGUAGAGCAUCAGACUUUUAAUCUGAGGGUCCAGGGUUCGAGUCCCUGUUCGGGCGAUUAAAAUUUUUUGCUUUUUUUUUUCUUUUCAUUUUCCUUGCGCGUAUCGCAUCGUUAAAUCUAUACUAUCCAGAUUCAUGAUAAAAAUAUGAAAAUAAUAAUAAUAAUUAUUAUUAUUAUCGUUCGCUUUCGCAGCGAGAUCGCUGUGGCAGGUUCCAUUAACUUGAUUGAAUUAUAAAAGCAAUGCCCAGUAUGACGCUUUAAAGCGCUCGGCUUCCGUUCUACUUUCCUUUCAGUGGAACAGCACAGAGUCUCUAGAAACUAGAAAACGCCGCGGUAAAAAUCCUUAUCGACGUUAUUCCUCGCAAAAACGGACGGGGCAACACGACUCGUUUACCGUUCGUAAAUCUUCCACGAAGAUGAUUAGAUACAGUGGCCUGACUAUCCGGAACAUUAAUUUUGAUUACUUUGACAAACUGUAAUGUAAUGCACGGUGGUGGAUGCAAUGUAAUAAUCGCGAUAACGAAGGGACCUUCUGCCAAGGCCAGUGGCCAACGAAUAGCUUCCCCGCUAAGACGAUCCUAACGAAUCAUUAUUCAACACCUUGUGAUAAUCUUUAUUUUCUAUUAAUAUUAAUUCGCAUAAGUUUGCAUCCCCUCAGAAUAUUUCAAGGAACGUGAUGUUCCUGUGACGUUUUUGUUUUAAAUUUGACAACAACGACGUGAAAGUGCUGUUAGUAACAAAUGUGAUGCAGGAAGUUUCAAGACUUCCUUUGUUGCUCUCUUGGUCAGUUUCUUAAUACAUAAAUUAAAAAAAAAAAACUUGUGAAUCUGGAAAACUACAUUCCAGAUAUCUUAGAGACGAAUACAUAGAGAUCUGGAAUAAUGAAACUAAUUAUUCACUGAGAAAGCUCGAUUUGAAGAAUGAACACUUAAUAUUAACAGCACUAUUUCAUUUGCGACCCUUUCGAUUUCCUCGUGCAAACGAUUAUUUCUUAAUGAUAAAUUUGCAAAUUAUUGUAUUGCAGGCAGCAGCUGCGAAACGGAAGACAACGAGCAGUACGUGCCAGAAUUUCAUCGGAUGUCAAGUUAG